ACUUUUCCAGAAAUCUGUAGGCAAUGUAGGUCUCCCUUCUUAGGACUAAACAUAGCCUUCGCCUGGUCAUUUCCUGAUUUGACUAUUUUAUUUUUUACAGUCUAUUCCUUUGACUUCUGGUCUCAUGUGUCGAGACCGUGGCGCUCAACGAAAAUCGUGCUCCUGGUUUUGGUUGCAACGGUAUUGCUGCAAACCCAUCCCCCCAACUCCUUACCUUCUCAGCCAGAAGCCAAAGCACACACUUGGGACACCCAGGGUGCCGACUAAACGCUAAAAUACAACGGAAAAAAAACCUUGCUUCCCAAACAUCUCUAAAUACUGCUAACGGGUUUUUCUUGGCGAGUCUAUGUUAAAAUAAUGAUGCUAAAAUUAAAAUCUUCAAGGGUGCAAUCACAAAAGUGAGAGGAACGUUUUUCCACGGAGCCUCUUACCUUCCAGCUCAGCAGCAAUCCGCAAGUUCCAGGCUCGCAGGAAGCGAUUUCCCUCAAACUCGGAAGGGCGGACGAUUUUAACGACAGUAACAAACCUUUUCAAGACACCCAGUGACUUUUAGCCCCUCCCAUCAAUCGACUACGGCCAACACGGAGGAGCGACUUCAUCCCCGGAAAAAAAUGCUCUCCUUUGAGCGGGGCAUCUGCGAAAUCCAGCUUUCUGGGCGCGAAGAGGCGGGGAGGGACCCCGAGGACCCGAGGGAAAUAGGAAGAGAAAGUGCUGUGACCGAGUCGUCGAGGUGGAGACCGGCGCGACCAGGGCCGGGCACGCUGUGGGCUCCGGAGCGGCGGCUCUUCCCGGACACUCGCUGAGCCCCGGAGCUCGCGCCGGCCACAGGGUAGGAAGCCCCAGCGCAGGUCCCGGGGCCUCUAGACGCGUCCCGCGGAGCGGUGACCUCCAGAGCGGGUCCCCUUGGCGAUCCCGCCUCCUCGGGUCGAGAUUCGCGCCUUUCACAGGCUGUCAGAGGGAUCCCUCAGGGAGGCUCGCCCAAUGGCGGGCCAGGCCGGUGGCCGGAGGCUCCGCCCCCCCGCCCCUCGCGGAGGGCCGCCCCGCCCCUGCCCCGCGCCCGGAGCCGAGGAGAGUAAAUACAACAGGAGCGCAAAAUGGCGGAACCGCCGAGCUCAGCGCACGGCGCUGCCGCCGCCGCCGCCGCCGCCCCCGUCUCGGGGAAAGAACCGUUUGGCAAGCUGCAGACCGCCUCCCGGGACCCACCGGGUCCUCUGUCCGCCAAGAAGGUCCGCACCGAGGAGAAGAAGGCGCCGCGGAGACUGAACGGAGAAGGGGGCAGCGGCGGGAACAGCAGGCAGCUGCCGCCGCCGGUGGCUCCUUCGCCUCCGAGCUACGGCAGCCCCGCGUCUUGGAGCUUCGCCGCGCUGUCUGCCGCCCCCUCCCCGUCCUCUGCUCGGAACAGUUUCUCUUUCUCCGCCGGCACGGCCGUCCCGUCCGCAGCCUGGGCUUCCUCGUCUCCGCCGCUGUCGCGCAAACUGCUGGUCCCUCCUACGUUGCUGCACGCUCAGCCCCAGCCCCAGCCUCAGCCUCUCCCGCCGGCCGCCGCCCCCGCGGCCAACGCCAAGCCGCGCCGGACCAAGGAGAAGCGGGAGAAGGAGAGGAGGAGGCACGGCCUCGGCGGGGCGGGCGAGGCCCGCGGGUCCGCCCGGGAGGAGAACGGGGAGGUGAAGCUGCAGCCGCGAGAUAAAAUCAAAGAAAAAAUUAAAGAGAGAGAUAAGGAAAAAGAGAGAGAAAAAAAGAAGCAUAAAGUAAUGAAUGAGAUCAAGAAAGAAAAUGGCGAAGUAAAGAUGUUGCUGAAAAGUGGGAAGGAGAAACCAAAAACAAAUGUAGAAGACUUACAAAUUAAAAAGGUAAAGAAGAAAAAGAAAAAGAAACACAAAGAGAAUGAAAAACGGAAGCAUCCAAAAAUGUAUAGCAAAUCUAUUCAAACCAUCUGCUCAGGAUUGCUAUCUGAUGAAGAUCAAGAAGCCAAAGGUAUCCUAAAUGAUAACAUAAAGGAUUAUGGUGGAAAGAAUUUGGAUACCAAGAAUUAUGGUUCCAAACUUCCAGAGAACAGUGAGUUUCCAUUUGUCUCAUUAAAGGAGCCACGGGUUCAGAAUAAUCUUAGAAGGUUGGACACUUUGGAGUUCAAACAGCUCAUUCAUAUUGAGCACCAGCCCAAUGGAGGUGCAUCAGUUAUCCAUGCCUACAGUAAUGAACUCACGCACCUGUCUCCUGUGGAGAUGGCGAGGUUUGCAGAAGAGUUUGUGGAUCUAGUAUUCAGUGAAAAUGAAAACUCUGCAGCUUUCUAUGUAAUGGGUAUUGUUCAUGGGGCAGCUGCUUAUUUACCUGACUUUUUAGACUACUUUUCAUUUAAUUUUCCCAAUUCGCCAGUGAAAAUGGAGAUUUUGGGAAAGAAGGAUAUAGAGACAACAACUAUGUCCAAUUUUCAUGCUCAGUCUCCACCUGUGAUAGCCUGGAUAGUCUGUGAUAGUCCAGAUGUCCACUUCACACCUACCAAACCUCCUGCUCCCACAGUAUAUUUGGUGUAUAUUCUGGAAAAUAUGGUAAAAAGAACAUAUUCUCACGGUACUUACAGAGCUGGCCCAAUGCGACAAAUCAGUUUGGUAGGAGCAGUUGAUGAAGAAGUGGGAGAUUAUUUCCCUGAGUUCCUUGAUAUGUUGGAAGAUUCACCGUUUUUAAAGUGUACACUGCCAUGGGGGACGCUGUCUAGUCUAAAAUUAGAGAGUCGAAAAGAUAGUGAUGAUGGUCCUAUCAUGUGGGUACGCCCAGGAGAACAAAUGAUCCCUGUGGCUGAUAUGCCAAAGUCACCUUUCAAAAGGAAAAGAACUACCAAUGAAAUAAAAAACCUGCAGUACCUACCUCGAACUAGUGAGCCCCGUGAGAUGCUCUUUGAAGACAGGACAAGAGCUCAUGCAGAUCAUAUAGGACAAGGUUUUGAACGACAGACUACAGCUGCAGUUGGAGUGUUGAAGGCUGUGCACUGUGGAGAGUGGCUUGAUCAACCCCGAAUAACCAAAGAUGUCAUUUGUUUUCAUGCUGAAGAUUUCUUAGAAGUAGUUCAACGAAUGCAGUUAGAUUUACAUGAACCUCCACUGUCCCAGUGUGUCCAGUGGGUUGAUGAUGCAAAACUUAAUCAACUGAGGAGAGAAGGCAUUCGAUAUGCCAGGAUUCAACUGUAUGAUAAUGACAUUUAUUUUAUUCCAAGGAAUGUUGUUCAUCAGUUCAAGACAGUUUCAGCUGUGUGUAGUUUAGCAUGGCACGUUCGGCUCAAAUUAUAUCACUCAGAGGAGGACACUGCUCAGAAUACAGAUACUCAUGAAAUGGGCACAUCACCAGAUUCUAUAUCAUCAGUUCUUGGACCUCACAGUGACAAUAGGAUUUGUGCUGUAAGCAAAACCUCUUUGGAGUCUAUUUUUUCAGAUACACUUCAUUCUAAAUAUGAAGUACAGCAGAUUAAACAGGAACCUGUUGCAUCUGUAAGAAUCAAUGAAGAAUCUGUGAAUGUUUAUGUUUCUGAAGAGACUAGAACACCGAAUAAUAUGGAUGGCAAGAAUGUUAAAGCAAAAUUGGAUCAUGUUCAAUUUACAGAAUUUAAGAUUGAAGUGGACUCCACAUUUGAAAAUAGCAACAAAGACUUAAAGGAGGAAUUGUGCCCUGAAAGUCUCUUAAGUCUAGUUCAUACAAGGCAACAUAGUUCAGUACAUUCACAUCAAAAUAGAAAAGAUGAUGACAUUUUGUGCUAAAUAUGUACAUACCAUUUAAAAUCUUUUUUAAAAAAACAACUUAAUAAUGUAAUAAAGAUUCAUGAAUUAUGAAAGCAAGCCAAGGACUUGCUCUCAAGUCUGUUACGAAAUAUAGUUUAUGUAGCUUUGUAACAUUCCUCAGUGCCUGUCCAUAACUGUGAAGUAUCAAAGCACUUAGGGCCAGAUGCACUGUAAACAUUGCAGGUUUAAACAAAUGGAGUCUUUAAAAAGUCAUUUGUGUUGGAGUUGUAGAUUUUAGAAUAGAGCUGACAUAUAUAUAUAUAUAUAUCUAUAUAUAUGUGUGUGUAUAUAUAUAUAUAGAUAUAUAUAUAUAGUAAUAUGAGCCAGAAUUCUUUUUCAACAAUUUAAGGCUUUUCCAUAGAGCUUAUUUAUACCAAUUUUUUUUUUUUCAUUUUAAAUGUGUCAGCACUGUAGUGUAAAUAGCUUUAAAUUUUUUUUUAGUGUGAUUUAUAUUGAAAUGUGAGCCACUUAAUAAAGGUUCAUAAUAAAUAUGUUUUCUGUCGGGUGUGCAAAAGACAAACUGAUAAUUCAGUUAAAUCAUUUAUUUAAUCUAUCAUGUGUCGGUGUAUCCAUUUAGAAUGGUAAAGGAGAGCAAAUGUACAUAUUCAAAUCUAGUGAAUAUUUAAAUUCCCCACAUUGUGUAAGCAUUUUUAAAACCAAGAUUCAGUUAUGAAAGCAUAUUUAUGUGUGUGUAUGUAUGGGAAUAUAUAUAUAUCAUUUUACAUAACUUCUUAAAUUGCUGAAUAAGAUGAAUGUGUGAAACUUUGUAGCCCUACUCCCAGGAAUUCAUUUUAAAAUAUUUAUAUUCAACAUUAAGAAAGCAGUUUAGGUAACAGAAAUAAUUUUGUAAAGUUGGGCAAAACAAGUCUGUUAGUGAUAUCUAACCCUUCUAAUUAAUGAAGUUUUGUGGCCAGAUUACAUAGCCCUAACAUAAAUUUUAUUUGUAGUGUAUGGAAUGAUAAGUUGAGAUGACUUUCUUAUUAAUAGGCACCUUUGCUAUACCUCACAGUAGUUGAGUAAAACAUAUUUACAGAAAGUUUAAUUGUGGCAGUUAAAAUCCUUUUACAUUUUUCUUGCAAAGCAGGUAGAAAAUAUGGCAAAUAUAAAAUCUUAAAAUAAGGACACGAUUCAUACAGAGAUGUAGCUAACAAAAAGUGUUCUCUCUUCUUUCUAAGGAUCCCUCUGCCUACCCUAGCAAGGUAAAUAACAGAGUAUAGCUGACUCUUGAAUAACAUAGGUUGGAAUUGCACAGGUCAAUUGAAAAAAUUCUGUGUUUAAGUGGAUCCACGCAGUUCAAACUCUUGUUCAAGGGUCAACUGAAUUUGUUUUUCAAAAGAAGCUCUAGAAAGCAAAAUUGGGGUAGGAAACAGGAUUGCCAGUGCCUAGCUAAAGAUUAUUAAAAUAAUUGUCUUCAGUGAUGGAUUUCAGCAACUCUGCUUAUUACAAAUCUAUUUUGUCUUUGUUAUUUUUCUGGGCUUAUACUUUGGUUGUUGACUUUCAACUGGGGUUCUUUGUGCUGCCAUUGGGCUAGAGUUGCUAUUCUCAUUUCAGUGUUUUCCGCCCCCGCUUCAUUUGUGAUACCCAUAAAACUGCUUAUUUUUCUGGUUAGGAAGAAGCCAUUUAGAAAGAGGCAUUUCAUCAGAAAAAUAUAAACUAUAGCAAUUAUAUCAUUUCUGGCCCCUAGUUGAAAAGAGUAGGCAAGUAUUGUUGAAAAUCUCAAUGGUUUGUGGGAAAUCAAUAUAUUUACAACAUAGGAAUCUUCAUGGAAUAAAGAAGAUAUAAAUCAUGAUAAUGUAAAUAAGGACUUUCUUUUAUAUAUACUGUCUUAUCCUAUCCCUCACUUUAAUCUCCUCUUAAAGCUAAAUUUAUGUAUUUGCACCUACCAUUUCAGGAGAGAAAAGUUCGUAACAAACCAGUAUUAAGAAAUAGGGGAUAUUUUUCUGGUUUUCUGGUUUUAAUUGAAGGGUAAUAUAUUUAACAGGAUUUUAGUUCCAAUUUUCCAGUAGCAUACACAUAGAUAGAUAAGAUCAUACUGUAAUAAAAUAUCUUGGGUAUCUCUCCAAAAUAUACGAGCCUUAAUUAAACAUUUAUUUUUUUAAAAUAUACUUUUAUUGCUUUCAGAGAUGAAGGGUUAGGCAGAUAGAAAUAUCAAUGAUGAGAGAGAAUUACUGAUUGGCUGACUCCUACAUGCCUCCUAUUGGGGAUCUAGCCAACAACCUGGGCAUGUACCCUGCCUGGGAAUCGAACCAAGACCUCCUGGUUCAUAGGUCAACACUCAACCACUGACCCACACUGGCCGGAAUGAAAUGAAACUUUUAAUUUAAAUUUAAAGAUGUAUCUAACAAAACAGUGGUUUCCUUUUGUUUCCUAUAUAGCCUAAAGUCAAACUUCUCUAUCUUUUGAAAAUUUGUUUUGUAAAAUACAUACAUCUCUGUGGACGUGAAAUAUAAAUCAAUUUCAAAUUCAGAUUUCAAGAUAUAGCCUUGUUACAUUGAAUAAUGCUUAAAGUUCCUUGUAUGGAUUAUGGUUUUAAAAUCCUCUUCAGAUGCAAUCUGAGAAUUUUUUGACUACUAUUGUUACACACAAUUUCUAUUUCAAUAUUGCAGCGUAUCGAUGGUCUCCUAGUCAGUACAUUCCAGUUCUUUAUCAGAACACAGGUUUUUUGCUGUUAUUUCAAAUGUCUUGGACCAGCACAAUAACACAUUUAAGAUACAGCUUCUAUAUGAUCUUAUACUAUAUAGAAUAGUUAUGUAAAUUAUUAAAUUGAUACAUAGACCGUUAGAAAAAAACUAAAGUACCUCAGUGGUAUCUAUGACAGUACUUUUUUAAAAAUUACUUUUGUUUAUACCCUUUUAACUAUCUAAGUAAUACAUAUUCAAUACUCAGGUUAGCUGGCUAGCUAGCAAAAGAAUUAAGCAUUUAUGAUAAUUAGUUGAAAACUUUACAAAAGCCAUAUUCAUUAUCUUUCUUGUCACUAAGGCUGUUGACCUUCAAUAAAGCUUAGGUUAAUGUCGCACAUCUAUGUGUGUGUGUGCAUGUGUGUAAGAUUAUUGGAAAUACUUAUGUUUGCUUCCACAUAUAUUCAUUUUCAGUACACUCUAUAACUUUGGGUGGUGGGUCUUGGAAGGUAGGAAAGAUUUAUUGGGUUAAGUCUUCAAAGUAUUUCAUUAGUGUUCCCGAGUGUAACAGUUUUUUUUCUCAAACACACAUGGCAGGUGAGAUCACUUUUGUAAAUAACAGGUUAGCACUAUUUUGCUAAAUUGCAUUCAGUUUGGGUUUUUUUGGCGUUUUUUUUUGACAAGUUCAUUGUCAUGUAAAGCAAGUAUCUCAACAUUCAUUUUACACUUAGCAAAGGUGCAAGAUUUGUUUUUGGAGUUUGAGAGGAUUUUCCUUGUCUUCCACCUUUCAAUAAAUAUUAAAAUUGAUAACCAUAA